AGAUGCCCUGUAUCCCAGAUGGGGCAAUGGCGCUGCGAAGGCUGCUCCUGCUGUUGGUGGCCGCCCUGAAACUGACUGAGACACGCGCGGGCUCACACUCGCUGCGGUAUUUCACCACCGCCGUGUCCCGGCCUGGCCUCGGGGAGCCCCGGUUCAUUAUCGUCGGCUACGUGGACGACACGCAGUUCGUGCGCUUCGACAGCGACGCGGAGAAUCCGAGGAUGGAGCCGCGGGCGCCGUGGAUGGAGCAGGAGGGGCCGGAGUAUUGGGAGCGGAACACACAGGUCUCCAAGGAAAAUGAGCAGAGUUUCCGAGUGAGCCUGGGGACCGCACUGAGCUACUACAACCAGAGCAAGGGAGGCUCUCACACUCUCCAGUGGUUGGUUGGCUGUGACCUGGGGCCAGACGGAAGCCUACUCCGAGGGUAUGAGCAGUCUGCCUACGAUGGCCGCGAUUACCUCGCCCUGAAUGAGGAUCUGAUAACGUGGACAGCGGCGGACCUGGCAGCACUGAAGACCCGAAGCAAGUUGGAGCAGGCUGGUCUUGCAGAGAAGCGCAGGGCCUACCUGGAGGUCGAUUGCUUGACGUGGCUCCGCAGAUACCUGGAGCUCGGGAAGGAGACGCUGCUGCACACAGAUCCCCCAAAGGCGCAUGUGACCCAUCACCCCAGUUCUCAAGGUGAUGUCACCCUGAGGUGCUGGGCCCUGGGCUUCUACCCUGCUGACAUCACCCUGACCUGGCAGUUGAAUGGGGAGGACCUGACCCAGGACAUGGAGCUUGUGGAGACCAGGCCUUCAGGGGAUGGAACCUUCCAGAAGUGGGCAUCUGUGAUGGUGCCUUUUGGGGAGGAGCCUAGAUACACAUGCCAUGUGGAACAUGAGGGGCUGCCUGAGCCCCUCACCCUGAGAUGGGAGCCUCCUCCAUCCACUGACUCUUACAUGGUGAUCAUUGCUGUUCUGGUUGUCCUUGGAGCUGUGAUCAUCAUUGGAGCUGUGGUGGCUUUUGUGAUGAAAAGAGGGAGAAACACAGGUGGAAAAGUAAGAGACUACGCUCAAGAUCCAGGCAGGGACAGCCCCCAGAGCUCUGAUAUCUCUCUCCUAGAAUUGUAAAGCAUGAAGACAGCUGCCUGGAGUAGACUGAGUGACAGCCAGUGUGUUCAGGUCUCUCCUGUGACAUCAAGAGUCUUUAGACAUCAGCUUUCUUUAGAAAAUGGUGUCUCAUGUUCUCUGCCACACCAACCCCAGUAGCAGCCAUGUGACAAGUUGCACAGACUGAGGUAUACUUCAAAAGAAGGAGGCCUCCUGGAACCAGUUGUGGAACUCUUGGCCAGAGUAUUAUAUUGAGUCAUAGUUCUCAUGGCAAUUGAUUUAUUUUGUUUUCGCUUAUUCCUUUUCUUAUUUACAUGUUCCUGGUAGCCUAGGCUAAGAUUUUAAGUGAAAGUAAUGGGUUAGAAACCAUCCCUAGAGAUGGGGUCACUAACAUGACCUUAUCUGGGGAAACCAACUCUUUACUUUUGAAAUUAUUUACAAAAUUAUAUAAUAGUAUUAUGACAGAUAAAAACUUUUCCAACAAUAAAAUUUCAUGUGGCUACAUGUGUGUUAUUGGAGGUGGGCUUUGGCAUAUGGUAAAGAAAAUCUUAAAUAAAAAGAAUUAACCUAGUUUAAAUUUAAGCACUGAAAAAAAUCAGGCAUUAGAUGUUAAAUAAUAAUUGACCAUAAAGAUUUAUUAACAUAUCUUGAACAUAUGCCAGUUGCCUUGGAUGACUGCCGCACUGCUUAGAUUCUUUUAGAGUUGUUAUACUUCAAUCAUUUCUACUCCUCAUGAUGUCACCUGUUCUGUUUGUGAUUCACUGAACCCAUCUUUACAGAGUUGUAAUGUUUUCUUGGUUUUUGUGCUUUACUGUGCAUAAUGGUAAUGAUGGUAUUUGUGAUUGCUUCACUGGACACAUCUUCAAAGUGUUGUAAUAUUUGCUCUUUUAAUGUUUAAAAACCCCUGCUUGAGAGCUGCAAAAUACAAUCAGAUUCAUACUGCC